AUGUCGACCCCAGAAGCUGUCGAUCAAAACAUUCAGUUAUGGAAGAUGAAGAAGCUCAUCCGCAGCCUGGAUGCAGCGAGAGGGGCCGGCACAUCUAUGAUCAGCUUGAUCAUUCCACCAAAAGAUCAAAUCGCGCGUGUUAAUAAUACUCUUACUCAAGAGUACGGUACAGCUUCGAAUAUCAAGUCUCGAGUGAACAGGUUAUCCGUGCUCGCAGCGAUUACAUCAACUCAACAGCGUCUCAAACUUUACAAUCGUGUUCCUCCUAAUGGUUUGGUCCUUUUCGUGGGAACAAUCCUGACGGACGAAGGAAAGGAACGAAAAGUUGCCUUUGAUUUUGAACCACAUAAGCCUAUCAAUACAUCAUUAUAUCUGUGUGACAACAAAUUCCACACUGAGGCCCUUUCGGAGCUGCUAGAGUCAGAUUCCAAAUUUGGGUUUAUUGUGAUGGACGGGAAUGGUUCGCUCUUUGGCACACUCUCAGGAAACACUCGCGAAAUCAUCCACAAGUUCACCGUCGAUCUUCCCAAAAAGCACGGCCGUGGUGGUCAGUCUGCAUUGCGUUUCUCCCGUCUUCGCGAUGAGAAGCGUCACAACUACGUUCGCAAGGUCGCUGAAUUGGCUGUCCAACACUUUAUUACAAACGAUAAAGUCAACGUUGCCGGACUUGUAUUGGCUGGUAGCGCCGAUUUUAAGACCGAGCUCAAUCAGUCAGAUAUGUUCGACCCCCGUCUUGCAGCCAAGGUUAUUAAGGUUGUCGAUGUCAGUUAUGGUGGCGAGAACGGAUUCAACCAGGCUAUUGAGCUCGCGGCCGAAUCUCUUUCCAACGUCAAAUUUGUCCAAGAGAAGAAGCUCAUUCAAAAGUACUUUGACGAGAUUUCCCAAGAUACUGGAAAAUAUUGCUUUGGUAUCGAUGAUACUCUCAAGGGUCUCGAAAUGGGUGCUGUGGAAACACUGAUUGUAUGGGAGAAUUUGGACGUCACACGCUAUGUUCUGCGCAACGCAGCUGGAGAGGAAAUCAUCGUACAUGCCAACAAAGAGCAAGAGAAGAACCGCGAAAAAUUCCUCGACAAGAGCACUGGGCUGGAGAUGGAGCAAGCCGAAGAGCCGACGAGCUUGCUCGAAUGGUUCGCAGAAAAAUACAAGGAAUUUGGUGCAACUCUCGAGUUUGUGAGCAAUCGCAGCCAGGAGGGUGCCCAAUUCGUAAAAGGAUUUGGUGGUAUUGGCGGUAUUUUGCGUUACAAGGUUGACUUUACCAACCUCGCCUCCUUUGACGAGGACUCGGACGAGUUUUACGACUCUGAUGAAGAUGUGCUCUGA